GAGCGCAAAACGCCUCGUUACCUCUUUCGCCGCCUAUGGACGACAGGGCGGCCGGUUACUACCGCCCACCCACCGCCGCCGGCGGUUACUACCGCUCACCUCCGACCUCCGGGCACCACUCUUAUUACCCUCCGCCUUCGGUCCACUCUUCUCCUCCGCCACACGGAGCUCCAUCACACCCUUACAGCCGCACGCCGCUACCCCCGCUACACCAGUCGCAGCACUCCCCACCGUACGCCCUUUACCAACCUCCCAUUUAUGGAGCCACCUACGUAGAGUCUGCAGACCAGCCGUCGUUCGACGACGUUCGGACCCUCUUUAUAGCUGGGCUCCCUGGCGAUGUGAAGAUCCGCGAAAUAUAUAACCUUUUCCGGGAGUUCGCUGGUUACGAAUCAGCAAAGCUUAGGAGCUCCGAAAAAUCCUCUCAGGCUUAUGCAUUUGCUGUCUUUACUGAUCAACAAUCAGCGCUUGCUGCAAUGCACUCCCUAAAUGGAUUGGUGUUUGACCUCGAAAGAGAAUCAACUCUUCACAUUGAUCUUGCAAAAUCUAACUCUAAGUCCAAACGUCCAAGAACAGAUGAAAGCACGUAUUCUUCUGAUAGAAGAGUUAGGGUGUCUGCUGCAUAUUCGAGAGACUUUCGAGAUUCUGCAGGUUCUGGAAGCAACACCCACAUGCCUGGAAUGGUUUAUUCUCCUUACAGCUUGAAUGGUUAUCCCUCCACACAAAGGAACCAAAAAUUGGCUUAUGAUUCAGAGCAUACUAAGUUGAAUAAUUCAUCCACUCAUGCUACUGAAAUUAAUCCUCCUUGUCCAACACUUUUUGUGUCUAAUUUGGGUCCAAGUUGUACCGAGAAGGAGUUGACUCAAGUUUUUUCAAGAUGCCCAGGCUUUUUAAAAUUGAAGAUGCAGAACAAGAAGAGUGUUCCUGUUGCAUUUGUUGAUUUUGAGGAUGUCAAAAGUUCUACCGCUGCCUUGAAUCAUUUGCAAGGGACCAUAAUGCACUCAUCUGGUAGGGAUGGAAUGCGCUUGGAAUAUGCCAAAAGUCGCAUGGGUCUCCGAAAACGAGAAAAGAGGAGCUACGAGCAACUCAAAUCUGGUGACAAAUUUCAAGAUUUUCCUAGUGCUCGAUCAUUCGGCCCUUGAUUCUCACACUCGACACGUCUUCUCGGUGUAUUAAGGCUCCGAUAGUUCAGUUUAUUUGGUGAAAUGCUCCCGACUAUCCUAUCCUGUAGCUCUUCUUGUUUAUGAGAAUUGUGUAGUUUGCUGGCCAGUAUUCUAACCAUAAUCUAUAUAAAUUUGGUUGCAAACUUCCAACUA